AUGAAGUUUUCUGUUGAGGAGACUGAAAGGCUCAGGAGGAUGAUGAGAUCACAAAGUAAGAAUGAGGAGAUAGCAGAGCUCUCGAAGGAGAUUGAGAAGAAAGAGAUGGCGAUGAUGAAUAGCAUUUCUGAAGACUACCUGAAUAUAAUAAAUAAGUGUAGCUCUCUUGAUGUCAUCAAGACUAGACUGUCGUCUGCGAUGAAGGUGAACAAUGAGUUUGGAAUGGAGAUCUCUGAUGGUGUCUUACAGUAUAGUGGAGUGAUUAGUGAAAUGGAGGAGAAUGAUUUGCUAGAUACUAGACUUGAUAUGCUGAUGGAAGAACUGAAGCGAAUACUUGAGUUUGUUGAGUCUGCAUUGUAUUAUGAGGACGUCAACAAGGAUGAACGAGAGGAUGCUAUGUACUACUUUAAACUGGUGCAAAAUGUUCAUUUGCUUGAGAAAGGCCUUUGCAUAUUCCGAAAGUAUGUGUUUUUUGCAAAUGCAAAUCAGAUAUUGAUGAAAGUCAAAAAUGGCGUAAUGUCACUGAUGAUAAGAGAUGUGGACCUGUGGGUUGAAUGGGCAAGCAACAAUGUUAAGCAGGCAGGGGAAGAGAUAAGUGAGAUGUUUAUGACUGAUCAGAAACGAGGACAUAUAUUUGGAGCGCUUGGCUCACAGAGAGGAUUGUUUGUUAACAGGAUGCUUCUCUGUGUUCUUCAUGAGUCGAGACGCCUUGGGAUGGAUCCUGUGAUUAUUGAGAGAAUAAAUGAGAGACGAAGAAAGGGAAUUGACUACAAUCUUCGAAGAGAUGAUCCAAGGAUUGUGAUGGAUGCAGCAGGAUUUGUGUUGUGGAGCCAUUACCUGACUGAUCUUGACGAUGGAUUUAAGACGCACAAUAGAUUUGCUUUUAAGGCGCUUCAGGACAAUGAAAUGGUGCAAAAGCCUGAGAACUUCAUGAAGGUGAAAGAUGGACUUGUUUGCUUAAGAAACCUUGCGAUGUAUUUAAUGAUUGACUCUGAGGACUUGGAUAGAAUUAUUAGUAAUGUUGCUAUUGGAUAUUUUGAGAAGCAAGGACAUAUUUCAGAUGGUGAACAUGAUGCAGCUGAUGUGAAGAUGAUUGGAGAAGCAAUUAAUGUGUUCAUUGAUGAAUGUUAUGAGUUUGUAUCGAAUGUAACACAAUAUUCUAAUGAACUUGAUGAAAUGCUUGGGAAAAAAGUUGAUGAGUAUUUGUGUGAGCUUAUUGAGAAUAAUCUUGACGAUAUUAAAGAGUUUGGUGAAGCAGCAGCAGUUGUUAGAAGGACAUUGGAGCACCUGGAGCAGAAGAAUAACUUCUAUAAAGACCGUGAAUAUAAGUGUGUGAAGCAGCUUGAAAGAAACAACAAGAGAUUUGCAAAGGAGAUGCUUGAUGAGAGUAUUAAGAGAGUUGAUGAAUUGUUUGAAGAGAUCUUAACAAAUAGAGAUUUUGGGAUUUUACUUCUGGAGAUGUUUUUGAAAACUAAGGAGGCCAAGAUUCCUGAUGAAAUGUGCAAUAAAAUUAAGUAUGAGCUGGUUAUACACAUCAAGGAUGGAUUUAUGAUGAUGACCACGAAUGAGAUGUCUCCACAAGACAUAAGGAUGGUGAAUGGAUAUCUCUGUAGUUUCUAUGGAUACUUGAAGGGAGCAGAACCUGAGCUACAAAGCAUUCUUACUGAAGCCGUAGAAAUGUAUAAGAAUGAAAUAAAGUAA